AUGGAGUCACCAUGCUUUAGUGAAUUGAUAAGUGAAGAAAACUUUAAUUUGCAACUUGACAGUAGAGACAAGAUUUAUAAGGGAGUCAAUGAAGGGGAAGAGAAGCAACAUGAAGACCUAAAAGAAGAAGUGAGAAAGAUGUUAGUGAUGGCUCUUUCAAAAUCUUUGCACAAACUUGAUCUCAUCAACACAAUCCAACUUCUUGGUGUAGCUUAUCAUUUUGAACAAGAGAUUGAGGAAUCAUUGAGUUACAUGUACAUUGAUUAUGAAGAAUGGAUUGGUGAUCUUCCUGAUAUUCCUCUAUGCUUUCGAUUACUUAGGCAACAAGGUUAUUAUGUCUCAUGUGAUGUUUUUAGGAAGUUCACUAACGACCAAGGAAAUUUCAAGAAAGAAUUGAUUAACAACGUGCAUGGAAUGUUGAGCUUAUAUGAGGCAGCACAAUUCAGAGUACAUGGUGAAGAAAUUCUUGAUGAAGCACUAAAUUUCACCACCACUCAAUUGAAACUAAUUUUGCCUAAAUUGAGCAACUCCCAUCUUGCACAACAAGUCGCUAACGCACUCAAAUUUACAAUUAAAGAUGGCAUAGUAAGGGUAGAAACAAGGAAAUACAUAUCAUUUUACCAACAAAAUCAAAAUCACAAUCAAGUCCUACUAAACUUUGCCAAAUUAGACUUCAACAUCUUACAAAGGUUGCAUAAAAAGGAGCUAUCUGAUAUCACAAGGUGGUGGAAAGAAUUGGAAAUGGUGAAUGCUAAUCCUUAUAUAAGAGAUAGAUUGGUAGAGGCAUAUUUUUGGAGUUUAGGCGUUUAUUUUGAGCCUCAGUAUAGCGUUGCAAUGAAAAUAUUAGCAAAAAUUUCAUAUAUCACUUGUAUAAUUGAUGACACAUAUGAUAUGUAUGGCACACUAGAUGAACUAUCUCAAUUUACAAGGGCAAUUGAAAGGUGGAAUAUUGAUGCUUCAGAACAAUUACCAUCAUAUAUGAAGAUUCUUUAUUGUCAUCUUCUAGAUGUUUACAAAGAAAUUGAGAAAGAAUUGGCAAAUGAAAACAAGUCAUUUCUAGUAGACUAUUCAAUAAUAGAGAUGAAAAAGGUGUUGAGGGCUUACUUUCAAGAGGCAAAAUGGUACUACAAUAAGAAGGAAGUACCAAGAAUGGAGCAAUAUAUGAAGAAUGGAAUUCCAUCAAGUGGUUACCAAUUGCUAGCAACUACUUCUUGGUUAGCCAUGGGAAAUAUAACAACUAAAGAUGUAUUUGAAUGGAUAGCAACUGAACCUCCAAUACUUGUUGCUUCUUGUUGCAUUACAAGAUUACUCAAUGAUCUUUCAUCACAUGAGGAAGAACAAAAAAGAGGAGAUGCAGCUUCAAGUAUAGAAUGUUAUAUGAAUGAAUAUGGUGUUACAAAGGAAGAAGCACACAUAAAAUUAAGAAAUAAAAUAGAAAAUUAUUGGAAGGAUUUGAAUGAAGAAUACUUCAAAGUGGAUGUGACUAUUAUACCAAGAGUUUUGCUCAUGCCUAUAAUUAAUCUUACAAGAGUAGCUGAGUUCAUGUAUAAAGAUGAAGAUGCUUAUACUUUUUCGAAAAAUAACUUGAAAGAUGUCAUCUCUGCAGUGAUAAUUGAUCAUAUUAUAUAG